AUGAUCCUGAUGCUGGUGAUCUUGAUCCCGGUGCUGGUGAAUUCCGUGGGCAUCGAUGGGCACUACGAGAUGCUGGGCACCUGCCGCAUGGUGUGCGACCCCUACCUGGGCAAGACCACUUCCACUACUAGCGCCAGCAUCCGAACCGAGGGGGCCGAAGGUCUCGGCGGCGGCGGCGUGUUUCCUCCUUCCACCUUGGUGCAGGGACCCCAGGGCAAGCCUGGGCGGCCAGGCAAGCCGGGCCCGCCGGGUCCGCCUGGCGAGCCGGGGCCCCCGGGGGCCAUGGGGCCCUUGGGGGAGAAAGGGGAUCCGGGGAAACCGGGGCCCCCUGGACUCCCCGGCCCGGGACUGGGCACGGGGGCCAUCAGCACGGCCACUUACACCACGGUGCCCCGCGUGGCGUUUUAUGCUGGCCUCAAGAACCCGCACGAAGGUUACGAGAUCCUCAAGUUUGACGACGUGGUGACCAACUUGGGGAACAACUAUGAUGCCACCACGGGGAAGUUCACCUGCAACAUCCCGGGCACCUAUUUCUUCACCUACCAUGUCCUGAUGCGCGGCGGGGAUGGCACCAGCAUGUGGGCAGAUCUGUGCAAGAACGGGCAGGUGAGAGCCAGUGCCAUUGCGCAAGAUGCAGAUCAGAACUAUGACUAUGCUAGCAACAGUGUCAUCCUACACCUGGAUGCUGGUGACGAGGUUUUCAUCAAGCUGGAUGGGGGCAAAGCCCACGGGGGCAAUAACAACAAAUACAGCACCUUUUCAGGCUUCAUAAUCUACUCAGAUUGA